AUGUUGGGAAAAAAGCUUGCCAGUACUCUUGGCAAGAGAUCGUUCAGCUCUUCGGUGUUUCGGGCUGCAUCCAAAACUGUAGACGCCCCACUGAAACAGAGAUCUUCUAUCUUUGGAGGACUCUUUUUUGGGUUAGGCGCCGUUGGGUUCGGACUGUAUUGCUUUGAUGCAAGAUCUGCCAUCUCCGAAUAUGUCUUCUGUCCUUUGAUCAGACUUGUUACAGACGGAGAGGAAGGUCACAAGCUUGGGAUCUGGGCCAUGAAAAAUGGACUGAGCCCAAGGCUGUUUUUUGACAGAGAUGACGAGGUACUCAAGGUCGAGGUUUUUGGAAGGACCUUGUCCAAUCCUGUUGGGGUCGCUGCUGGGCUUGACAAGCAUGGUGAGGUAAUUGACCCAUUGUUGGACCUCGGCUUCGGAUACGUCGAAAUCGGUUCAAUUACCCCGAAACCACAGCCGGGAAACCCGAAGCCCAGAUUUUUCAGACUGGGAAGGGACGAUGCUGUCAUCAACAGGUAUGGAUUCAAUUCCUCGGGCCAUUUUGAUGUGUUGGCCACUUUGAGGCAGAGACUCGAAAAGUUUUUGGAAAAGGAGCCUAGCCCAUACUCCAACGCUUUCAGACAAAACAAGCUGUUGGGAAUCAACCUCGGUAAAAAUAAGACGGGCGAUGAGAUUGAUGACUACGUUUUGGGAGUUCAGAGAUUUGGACCUUAUGCUGACGUCCUGGUGAUUAACGUUUCGUCUCCUAAUACUCCAGGCCUCAGAAACCUGCAAAGCGAAAACAAGCUCACCAACUUGCUCAAGACUGUGGUUAAAGAGAGAGAUGGUCUUUCUGGCGAGAUCAUUGAUCCAACACGUAAACCACCAGUUAUGGUGAAAGUGGCACCUGACCUGACGGAAGUCGAAAUCAAAGCAAUCGCAACCUCUGCGAAGGAAGCUAAGAUCGAUGGAAUUAUCAUGUCUAACACCACUAUCAAGAGACCUGCAACGCUGCUGAGUGAUGAAAAAUAUACACGUGAGACUGGGGGACUUUCAGGACCUCCGCUCAAGCCUUUGGCGCUAAAGGCUUUCAAGACGCUGAGAAAAUACACCAGGGACUCCGAUCUUGUUCUCGUCGGAUGCGGAGGUAUCAGCUCUGGAAAGGAUGCAAUCGAGUUUGCAAAGAGUGGAGCCACAUUUGUAGAACUAUACACCAGUUUCGCAUACAAAGGCCCGGGACUGGCUGUAAAGAUCAAGGAUGAAAUUGUCGAGGAGCUACGCAAGGAGAACAAGACAUGGAUGGAGAUAGUCGGCACAGCUGAAGAUUAG